AUGGCGGCCAGACCAGCGAGCGAACCCAUUACCAUGGGAAACUACACCGAUCUCCCCCCGCACGAGAGACCUGGCUACUCUCAACCCACGUCCUUUGCGCGUCCCGCGCCCACGGCAGGCCCGUCGGCGGGCGUCUCUUAUGCCCAGCCUGGCAAUGUUCAGUAUGCGCCGACCGCACACAACUUUGCCUACACGGCAGCCCCAGCUUCCCAUAACGCGCCUACGAGGACACCGGCGGCGACAGCGACUUCGAACGGGGGCCCUCAGUAUGCCAAUCCAACCCUCCAGUAUACGGCGAAGCCAGUGGGCGGCGCCGGCGAGCCGCCACACGUACGACACAACUCCCAGCCCAUGAGUCCCUCGUACCCUCCGUCGGCUCAAUUGCAAUACACAGCUGCAUCGCAAGCCCCUUCGCCGCAGCCCCAAUACACGACCAUGCCACACGCCCCUCCACCCCCGUCCCAGUAUCCCCCCAUGUCACAAGCUCCUCCGCCGCAGUCCCAGUAUGCGACCAUGCCACAGGCUCCCCAGCCGCCGCCAACUGAUCAGUCCGGCUAUCCACCUCCGCCAAUGGGUCACCACGCGCAGCGUCCCGAUCACCACCGGGCUGCUUCUUACUCGGGUCCAAUGAGCACACACGAUGGUCGCAAUGUGGUCGAGCUGCGUCCACAGGGUCACCUUGGUGCAGGCGACAGACCUGAUGGGCUGCGCAUGGACAGGCUGUCGGUGAGCGGAAACCGACCAGACCUGCAUACUAUCGUCCCUGGAGGUAUGCCUGGAGGAUUUCCAACGGGACUGCCACCGCCGAGUCCUCUGCUCGAAGCUUACCACGGAACCUAUCAGUCCAUCAGCCCCAUGCCUCAGGCGCUGAUGCUAGACGACGAUCUUGACCAUCUGCCUGCCCUCGACACCCUCUCUCCUCGGGCUUCUGGCCAUUCUAUCCAUGGCCGUCACCGUUCUCGUUCCACUUCGCGGCGAUCGCCAAGUCCUUCGAGGUCUUCCAAGCAUAACGACAAGCUGGCAUUGGCGGCAUAUGGCCGCGGUGAGCGACUACCCGAGAAGAAGGAGCGGAGGGCAAGAGUUUAUGACGCUACAGACGACGCCCUAGCGCUUGUUGACGCUCUGGCUGCGCGAACUCCUGACGUGGAUACUAUAGUCGAUAUCCUUCCGGCUCUAUCGCAUGACCAGAUGCUCGAAUUGAGAGCUGAGUAUAAACGGCACUGCAAGGUACAAGGCAGGGGUAUCAACAUCGCCAAGCAUAUCAAACUCAAAACGUCUGGCAAUUUCGGAAAGAUCGCCUACGUGACAGCCUUGGGAAAAUAUGAAGGGGAGGGGUACUGGGCGAACUACUGGUAUCAGUCAAACUCGGCGCGUCGCGAGCUGCUCAUCGAGUCAUUGAUGGGCCGUCAAAAUUACGAGAUUCGUGAGAUCAAGGACGCAUUCAAGGACAAGCGUUACAGCGACUCUCUGACCCGAUGCAUGGAUAAGGAGCUCAAAGCCGACAAAUUCCGAAAAGCUGUGCUAAUGGCACUAGAAGGUGAGCGGCAAGAGGAAAGCGAUGUGUGGCCGCCCGAGUAUCGCAUGCGUGAUGUCGACGCUCUAUACAGGGCGGUCAGGGCUAGGGAAGGCGGAGAAAGCACCAUGCUCAGCAUUGUUAUCAUGCGAAGCGACGCGCACUUGCGCGAGGUGUUGAGGACCUAUGAGAAGAAAUACCAAGGCAACUUUGCGAGAGACGCUCUGAAGAAGAGCAACAAUCUGGUUGGUGAAGUCAUUGCACAUAUCCUCAAUGGCGUCAUUAAUCGUCCUGCAAGGGAUGCAAUGCUCCUACACCACGCUCUCACGGACCUCAUGGAACCUGUAAAUGAUUCCCGGUCUUCCAACAGCCGGCUGUCAUCGCGGGAAGCCACUUCUAGCAAGCAUGAACGUCAACAAAGAGUCGAGUUACUCAUCUCUCGCCUUGUGAGAUUACACUGGGAUCGUCAGCAUCUUUUCAGGGUCAAGGCAGAGUACGAAGAGAAGUAUGGCCGCGUAGUCGAGGAGGAUAUUGACGAGGCCACGAGAGGUGACCUGAGAGCAUUUUCUAUUGCCAUCUGCCAAACGGCAAGAUAG